AUGACUUCGUUAUCCGCAAGACUCACUGGCUCCUUGGCCUCGACUUUGAACUCGAUACGGCCACAGAUACGGCUUUCUACAGGCCAUGCACGAAGUCUAUCAUCCAUAACCAAAUUUGAUACCAGGAAAUUCGUUAAAGCCUUGCAAGAAAAAGGCGGGUUUGACGAAAAGCAAGCAGAAGCAGCUGUAGUUGUCGUGAACGGUGCAAUUAAUGAUGGUAUCUACUCAAUAACAAACAAUCUUGUUACAAAGGAAGCGCUUUCGUCGAUAGCGUACCAGCAAAAAGUCGAUUUUGCCAAGUUGAAAGGUGAAUUGCAAACGAUGGACAAGAGCGAGUUUACCACGUUGAAGAAAGACCAAGAGAAGCUACGGACCGACUUGACCAAUUUGAAAAACAGACUCAAGGAAGAGAUCACAAAGAACCAGGCGAGUGUGCGAUUAGAUUUGAAUUUGGAGAAAGGUCGCAUUCGAGAGGAGAGCUCGCAAAACGAGUUGAAGAUUGAAGACACCUUUAGCAGAAUUGACGAAGAGAUUGCCAACAUGCAGAUGCAAAUCAAGGCUGUCAAGACUCAAGUUUUGCAGUGGCUUAUCGGUGUAAGCACAGGUACUUUGGCGGUGUUGCUAGCCUUUGGUAGGUUCAUGUCGUGA